AUGGCUGGAACUAGCUACCAUAGACUAGCAUGGGCCAUGAGCAUGUCCGUUAUGCGUGAUUGCGGGAUGGCGGCAUCAAUUUUUGACUGGGGUUUUUGGUCUAUCGAUUUGUCUGUCUGCAUUGUGAUAGCUACGACAGUAUGUUUAAGCAUGGUACUUGAUAUCGCAUGUCUCAUGCCUAUAACUGGUCUCUACAACCCUCCUCCACGGCACAGAGGCUCUUCAACUGCAGCAAACUCAGCUGUAUCUGUACAGUCUCCAGGUGGACUUUUGAAUACGAACUGUCGAGGUGGGCACCACCCAAAAAAAGACGUGCGUGGCUUGAGGUGUCAUCCGUCAAUCGGGGGAACCCAUUGGCUCGCUCCGGCAGAUGCGGGAGUGAUCCACGAACAGGGCAUCCGUCCAGACACUGUCUCUUCCAGGGUGACAGCGGGGAGACCAAAAAUAGCACAGAACAUCCCAUCCGUACAAAGAUACGCGAAUAGAGUCCAGUUGCCCGUCAAUAUUUGUCUCAGUCUGGAAGGAUACGAACUUAUCGAUGCUCUUUUUACUCUCGGUCUGCAUGAAGCUCGUUUAGCCGUUGGUCUUGGUCUCUUAGUUGGUCUAUGGACUAGGUCUGUCUCUGUGGAUCGGCAGACAAAAAGAAACAAAGCAAUAUCGUCGUGGCUGACGGAUGCGCUUGAACCGCAACCUUGUGCGACAUGGGAGGCUGGACGCACAAGAAAGCCACUUAUUCCCCUGAUUUUGCAGGUGUCCCAGCCAUCUGCUCAUCACUCAAUACAAUACAGACUAAGAGUAGUGGAAAGCAAUGAGAAUCUCACGACAUGUCCAACCACUCGCCCAGCUAACUCAAAGUAUAGUCUAGACUACUCGCUGCGCAGUGAUGUGACUAUCUGUGAGGGGUAUCGUAUGGUACGUGCUGUUUCUGCAAGCAAGAUUUGUGCCAUGAAGGAAUCUGGGACAAUGGGUCUGUGCAUUUUGGGGCUUGAUUUAGACGGUGAAGCUAAAACUACCGGAUAUAACCACGGGACGGCUGAUUGA